AUGCCGAUGGAUUCUCUUCAGAAGUCGUUCAAUCCCCACAAGCAGCUAAAAGAAGAAUUUGUGAGCAACUUGUCAGGCUCUUCCAUGAUUGAAAUUGCUGCGUUAUCGACGAUUAUACCUGCUCUGAUACUUUUGCGGCAUUCUAUCAGCUUCAAAGGACUAACCGAUCCCUCAAAUCUUGUGAAAACAUUGAAGAAAAAUGAUGAUGAAACUGUUGUUCGCAAAGAUUGGAAGGUCUACAUGGUCAUGCUGGUCAUGGAUUUUCUCUUAGUUGUUGUUCCAGCCCUUUUAUUUUUCACUGUCCUAGCAGAAUGGGUAAAUAUAAGUGCCAGUUUCUUUACAUUGCUGAUUCUUAUCUGCAUUGCAGCUAAAAGAUUUCGCUCUUGUUCUCCUUGCCCAAAGGAAGGGCCCCAACUCGUAGAUUCUUUAAGGACAUGUAUUUCAUCAUACAGAGUUACGAUAAUGAUUACAACGUGUCUUUGCAUUUUGGCUGUUGACUUUAAAAUAUUUCCUAGAAGAUAUGCUAAGACAGAGACUUUUGGUACUAGUCCGAUGGAUCUAGGGGUAGGAGCAUUUGUGCUAGCAAAUUCUCUGGUUUCUAGACAAGCACGGAAAGUUUCAUCAAGGAGUUGGAAGGUUGCUGUUCAAUCUAUAAGUCCACUGAUCUUGCUGGGAUUUGGUCGGGUUAUUUUUACUACAGGUGUAGAUUAUCAGGUUCACGUGGGGGAAUAUGGCGUCCACUGGAAUUUCUUUUUCACACUUGCUGCUGUAUCCAUUCUAACGUUUAUGACUAAUAUUCGUACUCAGAAUUGUGGUAUAUUAGGUUCAUCAAUUCUCUUAGGAUACCAAACAUGCUUGUUGUAUGGGUUAAAUGAGUAUCUGCUUUCAAAUAGAAGGGGAAAGGACAUUAUUAGCCAAAAUAAGGAGGGCAUAUUUAGUAUAUUUGGUGAGUGUGAUGGGUUGAUUGAAGAUCUUCCCCUUCCGGUGUUUUAAAUUGGAAUAGUGCGUUCUGUCUCAUG